CACCUCCUCAUCAGGUUUUAGCUCCAAAAUCACUUUAUUCUCCAAAAUGGGAAACGACAGCGUUUGCAGGCUUUUCUUCUUCCUCGCCCUCUCCCCAUGCCUUCUCUAUGCCAUUUCCCAGGAUCACCACAUUUUCCUACCGACUGACUCACUGAGUUCGUCGGCGGCGAGUUGCCUUGCAACCGACCCAAACCUUAACUACAAGCCGGUCAUCGGAAUCCUGUCGCACCCCGGCGACGGCGCCUCCGGCCGCCUCAGCAACGCCACCGGCGUUUCUUACAUCGCCGCCUCCUACGUUAAAUUUGUGGAGUCCGGUGGCGCUAGAGUUAUUCCCCUUCUCUACAAUGACUCACCUCAGACCCUUAUCAAGAAGCUUGAUUUGGUUAAUGGAGUGCUCUUCACUGGUGGCUGGGCUACGAGUGGUGUGUAUUUGGAAACUCUUAAAAAUGUUUUUGAGAAAGCUCUAGAGAAAAAUGACGCCGGAGAUCAUUUCCCAACAUUUGCCAUCAACUUAGGUGGAAACCUCGUAAUAAAGAUCGUAAGCGAGCUAACUGAUAUUCUUGAAACAUUUAAUGCAUCGAGUUUGCCAAGUUCUCUUCAAUUGGGGGUGAAUGCAAAUGCUGAAGGAAGUCUAUUUGAAAGGUUUCCUCCAGAUUUGUUGACACAGUUGGAGACAAAUUGUCUUGUCCUGCACAAUCAUCGUUAUGCCAUAUCCCCAAGUAAGCUUCAAAACAAUGCAAACUUAGCAAGCUUUUUUGAGAUUUUGACAACAUCUAAGGAUAAAGAUGAUAAGACUUUCGUUUCCACAGCACGUGGUAAGAAAUAUCCUGUCACUGUCUCCCUAUGGCAUCCAGAGAAAAAUGCCUUUGAAUGGGCCACAUCUCUAAAAGCCCCUCACACAGAGGACGCUGUUAGGGUUACUCAGUCCACUGCAAACUUUUUUGUGAGGGAAGCUAGGAAAUCCUCAAACACACCAGAUGCUCAAGAAGUGCGAGAUAAUCUCAUUUACAAUUUCAAACCUACUUAUGGUGGAACGGCUGGGAAAGGAUAUGAUGAAGUUUACCUCUUUGAAUAAUUCUAAAUGUAGGAGGUGUCCUUGAAUGUAAUGUUGUGCACCAUAAAUUAUGGACGAUGAUGUAUGUUUGAGCAAAUAAAAGUUUGUGCACAAUGGUUCUUGUAAGAUGCUUAAUAUCAUGGCAGUGCUCUGCUUAUCGAUGUGAUAUAUCCUGUUAUUGCCCAAACUUUAGUAUAUUUUCUAUUUGCUGUGA